UUUCAUCAGAAAUCAAAACCAAAAUUAAAUUGCAGCGCGUACUUACGGCUUCUCAGAAAGAAGUAUUGUGGUACAGAAUUAAGGCUAAAUGUAUCGAAAUGAAUUGGGUUGGUGGAGUAAGGAAACGUGUCCGAGCAAAAGAAGAAAAGAGAAUUCAAAAGGAAUAUUUUGAAAAGAAAAAGUUUAUGAACCAGUUGAAUCGUGUAUGUGAUGCUUCACCAAGCAAGAACCGAGUUGCCAUAAGUCAGGAUUUACUCUCAAUACAAACGGUCAAUCACCUCCACAAGACAAGCCAAGGUAAAUCACUGCAAAAGAACUCCAAGAGAGUUAAGCAUGUUGAUUUAGAAAGAAUUUACGACCCAUUUGUUAACUAUCGCAGGAGAGAAAGAAAUUUGGAACUACCAAUGUCACCGAUUGAGACACCAUCUAAGCUGGAAUUGCAAGAUUGUCAUGUACCAAGAGCUACUAAAUCUGACCAUAUCUGUAGUGACAUUCUUUCCGAAAACACAUCAACAAAUAAUUUCUCCCAGAUAUCUCAACUCCAGGCUAGACAUUCUGUUUACAAGGAUGCACAACAGACAGACGACUCUCAAAAUUUAAUGAAAUAUUCUUCCUAUUCGCAACCGAAUACAUCUAAUGGUUUGAUAAGAAGUCUGUUUGAUGAGAGUACACAAAUGGAAAAUAGAAACACAAGAAGUUAUGUAGGUGAAGCAAGGUCAACAACCCAUAGGAAAGAAGACCACUCUGUUCCCUCCCCGUGGCCAGGACCAAAUCUCUCCUCAUCACAUUUAUCCAGCCCUGAAAUAUUGUUUCAACGUGAGGUUUUUAAGAAUUCAACUCCAUUACCUCGAGAACAAGAAGUGUCAAGAUUUCUCAAAGGAGUGAUCAUUCCCAAAGUUAAUAAGUGCAAUACUAUAGGCAGGUCAUCCUAUUCAAAUGCAGUGCCAUCAUCUACCUCAUCUUUGAGGGGUUUCUCCAGCCUCGUUGAUACCGAUCCUACAAAAUCAACACGUCUUCCAAGUUUGGCAUCUCAAGAUAAUUUAACUCCCAAUCCACAACUUGAACCAUUCAAUUUUCGAGAGCAUAAAUUUCCCAAUGAUUUUGAAAAUGAUAAUCAAUGUUGGCCGCAAGUGACAUGGAUCGAACAUAAACCAACAAACAUAUUUCUGAAACAAGAAAAUGGUAGUGUUUUCCAGACAAGAGAGGGCAGUGUUGAUCUUUCAUCAAAGAAUAAAACUCACUGUGGUUUUGCCCAGGAGAGUAACAUGAAUUAUGAGUCUCAUUUAAGUAUGGUCUUAAAUCAGGCAAACAGGGAUAGACAAGUAGUACCCUCAGAAGAACAUUUUCAAAUGCCUGGCCCAUCACUAAAGCAUGAUAGGCCAACCUCUCCAGGUACAUGCCAAUGGAAAGGCGUAGAGUUGCAAAUUAGUCAGAGGACGGUAGACACACGCAAGCAGGAGCAGUAUAAGGAAGGCAGUUUCAACAAUUUUGGUAGUACAGCAGAAAUUGAUAGUAAUUUGGGAUGGAGAAGCUUUAUAUUUGAUACAGAUGGACAGAAUAUGUCAAGCCAAAGCCAUGACGAUGUACAGAAAGAGACUACUAGACUGAAAAUGAACACAAUAACAAAUGAAGUGGUCAGAGAGCUGUUAUCUCUUGAUGAUGAACUAAUGGAUGGGAUCACAACCCAGCAGAUUGAUGACACUGCAUUAGAUAGAGAUUUCUCAGCAUUAUCCAGUACCCAGUCUUCCUAUGUCAAUGACUACUACAAAGAGUGUUUCACAAUCAAAGGCAACCUAUCAUCUCAGGGAUCAUCUACAAAUGUUAGUGCAGAUAAUGAUCUAAACAAAGCAUUAGAGGAACUGAACACCCCUGUUUUGAAAAUGAAUCAAACUGCUAAUUCAACUGAUGAUCCCAUCAGUGAUCAGCUAAAUGAGAAUAAAGAGGGCAGCGUUGAAGGAAAUCUCCAACAUGGGUCAUGUGACAAUAGUCCCCAGUUUUACAGUGCGGAAGAGGUGCCAGCCAAUAGAAUUGACUGCAGCACACAGACAACAGGUGGCCACUGCACCACCUGUAAAUGCCUAAGCCCUACCGAUGUACAAAGUGUUGAGAAAAGCAAGCCCCAGCAAAUUGUAGUGCAAACACUAUGUCCAGACCUGGUCAGCUUACAAGAGCCUACUGAGAACCAUACAGAAAUACUAACAGAAUCCAGUCUUAAUGAUUCAAUUCAGUCCCAACUAAAGCAAUAUAUAUGUCAUGUUCAACCAAGUAAUAACACAGAUAUAGAAGACUGUGGUGCAGGUUAUCACGAUUCUCAACUUGUCAGCGAAGACAAUAAAGAGAACAGGUGUCCGAAAUGUCAAUCCAUGGAAAAUGAGAACAAUUCUGUAAGAUAUUCCCUUCGUACUAGAAAUGUGAACAAGUAACAUAGAAUAAGUUGGCAGCCAAGUUAUUGUAUGAUUACCAAAUGUAAUUUAUACUAUAUUUUGAAAUAUAUAUGUUAAUGCUGGUAUUGUUAUUGUAUGCAUUAGAUAAGCCUCCAGUCAAUAUUUAUGUCUGGAAGUGGGACACAGUUUCUUCCUGAAUCAUUUUUCAUAUUUUAUUUAAUGAAACACGACAAAGCUAAUGUUCACUGUGUUAAAAUUGUGCAAUAUUUAUGCAAUCUGUUGAAGUUUAUUAAGCGAGAAAAGAUUUAGUAAAAUUGAUAUUAGUCCUUUUAUUUCUGUAAUUUUAAACUGAUAUUUCAAAUACAUUAAUAAAAACACUUGUGUGUUAUUUGUGAUAUGUUGACAGUUGUUUAUUGUAAGCAUAUUUUGUCUAGAAACACUUUUAUUAUUUUCUAAAAUGUUUUUUUCAGCAAGAUGUGCAGUAUGUAUAGUUUUAGAUUAUACAACAAAAAAAAUACAUGAUUGCUUGAUGGUGCAAUGCUGUCAGCGGAUUAUCAUUAAAAUGAUCCAUUGCAUGCGCCUCAUUACAUUGUGAUUGCAGCAGCUGAUCACUGUCGAAACAGUGCAUUUGUCUAGAAGCUAACAAUGUAUAUUAUUUCUUAUGUUCAUUAUUCUCUCAUCAUUUUUUUAUUCAGCAUUCGCAAUAUGAGGACUGUGCAAUAUUUACAGAGUUUGUUGGAGUUUGUUGUGUAAUAAAAGUUCAUAACAAAAUUGAUCUCCCUUUGAUUUUUUAUUCUGCAAUUCUGAAAACCUUUCAUAUUAAAUCUUCCACAUUUUUUGAAUGGCUGAUGCCUGCCAUACCUAAUACAUAGCAACAAUGAAAUAAACUUGCACAACCAAACAGCAUUUUUCUUUGAAUCAUAUUGACUUUAUUGGAAGAUUUUAUCUAUUGGUAUACAAUACAAAGGAAUACAUGAAAUAAAUUCUCAAUUAUAUAUACAUUUUAUAUUCCUGACAUUUGUGCUACUAUUGUAUCGAAAAAAAAUUUGGUGGGACAAAAAAAAAAGGCAAAUAUCAAGAGAGUCUGUCAAUAAUUGUGCUUGAUUUUAAUAUAGUUGUAUUAUUAUUUUUUACAAUAAACAUAGUAAAUCAUUUGCGAUUUUCAAGCAUUGGUCAAAAUCACAAUUAUUAACCAGAGGUGGUUCUAGAACAUGCAUAGGAGGGGAAACUGUCCCGACAAGGAGAGGAAAAAUCCUGUGGAGGCAGUUUGUCAAAACUUGUCAAUUUUCUUUCAAUUUAAACUGUUCUGAGACAGAUAUUUUAGAACAUUAUAUAUAUUCAAUUUUGUUGUGACUAAUUUUUGAUGGGGGUAGGGGGGCUUGACCAGUUAGUAAACUUCUGAUGGCAUCGCCACUGACAAACCAUCUAUGCAUAAUAUAUAACUUAUCAAAUACAUACCACACUUGAACAUACAGGAAUAUUAUUACUGUACGGCUCGUACAUUACAUCCACCAGCAAACAAUGCCAGGCAACAUGACUAAUUACAUGCAUUACAUUCUGUUCCGUAAGUGUGAAACCUCGAUACAUGUAGAAGAUACUGCCAAAAACAUUUCUGGUUUUCAAAAAAAUAAUAAUAUACUGCAUCUUGAGCAACUUUGGUUAUGAACCACAUGUUAGUGUUACCAUUAUUAAAUAUCAACUCAAAAAUAAGUACCUUAAAAAUUAAAAUGCAUCAUGAAAAUACAGUAGGCCUAUAACUUAUAUACUUUACAAUCAUUGAUAAAAUCUUUAAUAUAUCAGUUUAUAGGAAUGGUAGUUUACAAUUUAAGCUAUCUUCAGAUAAAAUUGCUUAGGCAACAGGC